AUUGCAAGCGACUGAAGUGUGUGUGGCUGCAACGUUUGUGGGUUCGAUGAGAAACCAGCGCUGAGUGAAGCCGAGAAGGGGGGGUGGCUGGUGUGAUGUGUUUGGUGUUCGGAGCCAAUAGAAAUCCCAGACCGUGAUAAUGCCCCCAUGCAGCGCCGAGAGGAGUCAGAGCUAAGGCUCCGGGCUCCUUCACAUCUGCAGGCGCAGCCGGCCGGGCCGCGGCGCGGGGCGCUCUCGCCUGCCUCUCGGGCACCCUCGGGGCGCGCUUCUCCUAUGGGCGUCUGCUGGAGCCCGUCUGCGGCCACCCGGGACGCGGCCGCGGGAGACCAAACUUAGAGCCCGCCGCGGACUGCCGAACUCCGAGCGGGGCGAGUGGAGGGAAGGCAGCAGAGAAGGCACCCGAGGCGGAGGCUGCCAUCACGUCCUUGCAGGAUGUUCUGGAAGCUCUCCCUGUCGUUAUUCCUGGUGGCCGUGUGGGUGAAGGUGGCGGAAGCCCGGAAGAACCGGCCCGCGGGCGCCAUCCCCUCGCCUUACAAGGACAGCAGCAGCAACACCUCGGAGAGAUGGCAUCACCAGAUCAAGGAGGUGCUGGCCUCCAGCCAGGAAGCCCUGGUGGUCACCGAGCGCAAGUACCUCAAGAGUGACUGGUGCAAGACGCAGCCCCUGCGGCAGACCGUGAGCGAGGAGGGCUGCCGCAGCCGCACCAUCCUCAACCGCUUCUGCUACGGCCAGUGCAACUCCUUCUACAUCCCGCGGCACGUGAAGAGGGAGGAGGAAUCCUUCCAGUCCUGCGCCUUCUGCAAGCCCCAGCGCGUCACCUCCGUCCUCGUGGAGCUCGAAUGCCCCGACCUGGACCCGCCCUUCCGACACAAAAAGAUCCAGAAGGUGAAGCACUGCCGGUGCACGUCCGUGAACCUGAGCGACUUGGACAAGCACUGAGCGCCCGGGCGCAACGCGGCUCAGCACAGCGCCCCGGCCGCUGGGUCGCGUCACCGCCGCCUCCGCCCCUGUCCCCUGUCCCCGAGCCCACUCACGCGCCACCUGGCGUCCCCCCGCCCGUUUCAGCAGCCAGCAC